CCCAGCUUCCCAUCCAGCUUCUCUUUUUUCUCUAAACUUCAUCACAAUACAGAAGAGUGUGUGUUCAGUGCUGUGUGUCAGGGGCAGAACACAUACUAAGGCACAGAGCUACAGGAAAACACACACACACACACACACAGAUAGACAGAGAGAGUUAGACGUUAGAGGCCGAGAGGAGGAGCAGGAGGAGGAUAUGGCUAAUCGAUAGACGUGUGAGACUCGUUAAGUGACAGAAGCGUGUCGGACUCGGCAGCGGCGGCGGAGCCACGUCUCACUCAUGCAGAAACUCUUUUACCUUCUGCACCACACCCCAGCUGCACUAACGAAGAAAACGAGAGAGACAGACGGAGGGAGAAAGAGGAAGAGAAGAGUUGUGUCUUUCCGGCCUAGAUUAAUGCAAGUUUAACCUCAGAGCGCGGAGAAGGGAACUAAACCUUGAAUGAGGCAAAGAAAUGCAACGGUUAUUAAUAAAACCUCAACGUAUUUAAAUCUCUGCAGAAAAAAAACCCUCAGGCUACAGAUGUGAUCUUCUGGAAAUCCUGAAGCUCAACUCACGUCCCCGAAACCAUCGUAUCUCACUGUGAUUCAGCUAAACAUAGAAAUACAAGAAUCUUGAGCAAGGAGCUGCAGUGAAACAGGAUGAACCUUAUCUUCAUCACGUUGGUCUUCUCGCUGGUCUUCGGACCAGACGUUAUGCUCCUGAACGCAGAGGAGGCGAGUACAGGGCCCGCGAGCAUGCCAGCCGAUCAGAACACGGUCUUCUCACAGGUGACAGAAUCCAGCACUGGUAUGAGCCAUGUCCAUACAGUUGCUAAGGAAACGACCGUUAGGAGCACUACCCUUGUUGAAGACAAGUUCUCUACCAUGGAAAAUAUUAAUACUGAGGUUGAAGAAGUGACACAAACAUCAAAAGAACAAAUGACAACUUCAGAGCUUCCAACCACGACAAAAGCUCCGACCAUUCCGGAGACUACAGCCCUUCAGGUAGACAUAACAACGUACAACCCCUCCACGUUAGCUGCUCCUGCUGAACCCACAUUACAGCCUGUGGAGGAAACAAUCAGCACUGAGGAUCCUCAGACCUCAUCACCACCUCCAACCAUUCCUGAGCCAACAGCCAUAACCACACUUUCACCAGAUGUUACAUCUACACCUGCUAGUCAUGACAAGGUAGAGACCACUGUCACUGCACAAACAACCACGCCCAUCCCCACACCUAGCACUACCACCAUCAUCACCACCACCACCAUCAUCACCACCACCCAGGAGGAGACUACAACACCAUCACCUGAGGAGACGUCGUCACCCACCAACAGUAGCACUGGUAUCAGCUUCAGUAGCAUCAACACUGGACAUGACACGAGCAACAGUCAAAGCCCUGAAGAUACCAAAAAGGAAAGUAACUGGCUAAUCAUCGCGAUCAUAGCACUCGUCGCUUUCUGCAUAGCAACAACGCUUUGUGUCAUGGCCAUUAUCAUGAAACGCAGGAAGAGAAGCGGCAAGCAGAGCUUCGGAAACGCGAACGGACAGAGGUCCAAGAAAAAGAAAGGCACGGAUGAUGAUGUCUGGGCGGGGCCUAUGCCAUUAGGAGGCGGGGAUUGUGAGGGUAUGGAGGAAGGUGACGCACAAGGAGAAGAGAAGAAGACGGACGGGGCGGAGGUGACGGGGCUCAGCACGUUCGUGGCUGUGGAGGAGAACGGAGGUGUGGGCCGGCCAGGGUCACCUGAGGCCGAGAAGUGGGAGGAGAAAGAACCUCUUCUGUUCAUCGACCAGGAAGGGAAGGAGAAAGCAAAAGAGGCGGGAAAGAGCGAGGACGCAGACGCUAAAGGAGGAGCGGAAAAGAGCGAGGACGCAGACGCUACAGGAGGAGCGGAAAAGACAGACGCCAAAGAGGCGGAGCUUAACGGAGGAGAAACGUUCUGUCUCACGACCGCUGUGUGAAAUCUGAUCCAUGUGGACACAGACUCAGGAGGAAUAAUUAAUAAUAAUAAUAAUAAUAAUAUUGUAUUGCUAUAAAACAAUUCAUAAUUAUAAGUUUUAUAUAUAUUAUAUAAAUAUGAUGUUCUUUUAAAUUCCACUUUUUCAUACAAAACUUGAAAAAAUGUCUAAAAACUAAAAAAAGUAUAUUUUUGUAUUCUCUUGUUUAUUUGUGUUAGUAAAUGCCAAGACUCGUGUUCUGCUCCACACACACACACACACACACACACACACAGACUUUUAGAGAUAAAUUUCAUAUUGAACUGUUUUUUUUGUUUUUGUACUUUUGAAAAUACCCCUGUAUAUAAUAAACAGCUGUCCUCUAUCAGACCUGAGUAACGCCCGCGCUGUCACUCACAGCAGUAACACAAGCUGAGGGCGUUUGUGUCUUUAUGUCAUUUUUAUUCAUCAGAUACAGCUGUUUGAUCCAGCGUCACAUCUGCUGUUUUAAUUAUGUCCAUUAAUUAUUUCAUUAAA